AUGGUGAUUGCUUUAAUAAUAAAAGGAAUAUUAGCACCAUUGAUUAUAUUGUUAUUGUAUUCAAAUUCAAAAGCGUUACAAAAUUAGGAAUAAUAAGUCAGAAACUUUUGGGAGAAUAUCUUUGGGGAAGUAUACUAAAUAAGAAAACAGACAUUUGUCAAAAAUUCAGCAUUUAAGCCUGAAUAUAAUGUAAAUGAUGAUUUAUAAAUAAUUAGUAAUCUCGUUAUAAUGUUGCUGAAUCUCCUGUGUAUUGUAAAAAGAGUGACUCAUACAAAAUGGUUCAUCCAGAUAUAGUAUUACAAGAUUAUUAUGUAUGGAGAGACUAUCCACCAACAAAUUUACCAAAAAAGAUAACUUUAGAUAAAACAUAUGCAGUAUUGGAUAAAGUAAGUCCAUCAAAGACUGCUUCUUAUAAAUAUGAGAAUUAAUUACCACUUUAACUUGGAUUUAUUUAUACAACUGUGUCAUCUUUAUAUAACAACUAUGUUUGGGGUAAGGGAUUAGGUUGUGUAUUAUAAAAAUAUAGUCAUAUUCCAGGAAAAAGUUCUGUAGCAAUGAAAAACUAAUUGAUUGACAAUUUUAUGAAAUAUAUAAGAGAUUUUGAAAAGAAAAAUAUUACUAAUCCAGAAUGUAAAAGGAAUGCUUCAUUUAUUCCUGAGACAUAUCGAUUAAAUGAUGAGGAUGAUUGCAAAGCAUUCUUUGAAACAUUUAAAACAGAUGAUUAUUAAAAGAAAUUCAAAAAAUAUGGGCCAUAAUAUAUAUUAAAAACUAAUCAACAUAGAGGAGAAGGAAUUACUGUUUUAUUUGAGAAAGAAACUAAGGAUAUAUUAGAAGAAUAUAAUUAUGGAUAAGAAUGUGGAAAUAUUUCAAAAUAAGUAAUUGCUUAAAGAUAUAUUUCUAAUCCAUUCUUAUAUAAAGGACAUAAAAUUGAAUUUAGAAUCUAUUAUACAAUUAUAUCAACUAAACCAGUCAUUGCAUAUUCAUAUUCAAGGUAAUUACUAUUUUAACAUAAGAGCUUUGAUUAAAAGAUGUGCAAAACCAUUUAGUGUCCAUUCUACAGAAAAAGGAGCUCAUGUUUGUAAUACAGCAAUUGUGAAAAAUUUAGUGAAAACUGACAAAGAUGAUCAAGAAAUUGAAGAUGAAGAAUUCUUUAUUGAUUGGUAUUUAGAAGGUUUGGAAGAUUUAUUAAUCAAAUAAGGAAGAGCUAAAAAAGGAUGGCUACAAUCAUAUCUAUAUCCUAAGAUUCAUAGGUCUUUAAUUCAUAUGACCAAAGCUACUUAUCAUUCAUUUGCUAGAGAUAGCACGUACUAAGUAUUUCUUAAACUAGAUUUGGUGAAUUUUUUGCUGUUGAUUUUCUACUUGAUGAUAAUCUAGAUGUUUGGGUCUUAGAAGUCAAUUAUAAUCCAUAAAUUUUAAGUGUGACUCCUGAUAGAAUCAAGAGAAAUUAUAAAAUGUUAGAAGAUCAUUUUGAAUUACAAUAUGCUUAUAUCAAGAGUAAAUUAUAUAGAUUGUCCUAAUUUGGUAAAACACUUAUGAAGAAUAAUACCAAAUCCAUUCUUAAUCAAUCUAAAUAAGUUGAAGAAUUGUUAAGAGAUAAAUUAGAAUCCUAAUUCGAACUCAGUAAAGAAAAUCUAUAUGUCAAAAUCAUGGAUGAAGGAUAACCAGGUACUUAAGCAUAUACCAAUCUUAUAUCUAAAGAGUGUCUUAAAUGA